AGCGUACUCCACGUGGAACCGGAAGUUGACUGUUGCUACAACUCAGUGUGCAUGUGAAGCAGAGGUUUCCGGUUUGAUCCAAAACGAGUCUUCCUGUCCUUUUCAACAUCCGGCUGGAUCACAAUGACGAAGGGUACAUCCAGUUUCGGAAAGCGGCAUAACAAGACACACACUCACUGCCGUCGGUGUGGACGUCGUUCUUUCCAUAUUCAAAAGAAAACAUGCUCUUCUUGCGGCUACCCCAGCCCCAAGAAAAGGAAGUUUAACUGGAGUGAGAAAGCCAAAAGGCGAAGGACGACUGCCACUGGUAGGAUGAGAUACCUCAAGAAAGUGUUCCGUCGAUUUAGAAAUGGAUUCCGUGAGGGCACAACACCUAAGCCCAGAGGCAAAAUUGCUGCCCCAGCUUCAUCGGCUGUAGCUGCCAAAUAGUUUUUAUGAAUAAAACUUUCUCUGGUGUUACAAA